AUGGGGCGUUUCAUAUCUGGUUUGGACCAAGAAUUACAAGACAAACUUGAAGGUUAUACUAACCUCACGUUUGCUGAAGCUUGCAAGUUGGUGAUUAAGUUCGAUGCUAAGAGGAAGAAGAAGAAGCCUACUACCAUUCCUCAAUUGGCACGAAAACCUUCUUUUCCUACGAAGGAAGGUUCUUCCUUUAACAAACCAAGUAAUCCACCAAAAAAGGACACAAAGGACGUGAAGCUAGGUGACAUUGUGUGUUACAAAUGUGGAGGACGAGGUCAUUACAAGAAGGAUUGUCCUAAUACUAGGGCGUUAACCAUACAAGAGGGGGAAGAAGAAGUUGAAGAUGAUUGUGAUGAUUGCAUUGCCGAGCCAGAGGAGAAGACUAGCCUCGUGAUUAGGAGGGCCUUACAAGCACGUGUGGAAGAGGAUGCUGCCCCCCAACGACAACACAUUUUCAUCACCCGUUGUAAAAUUGGUGACGAGGUAUGUGAUUUGAUUAUUGAUGGAGGAAGUGAGGCUAAUACCGUGUCUAAGACCCUAGUAUCUAAACUUGGUCUUACGACUACUAAUCAUCCACAACCUUACAAAUUAAGUUGGUUAGAUUCUAAUGCUAGCACUGGGGUUAGGAAGCAAUGCAUGGUUUCUUUUUGCAUUGGUUCGUAUUGUGAUUCUAUAUUAUGUGAUGUUGUGUCUAUGGAUGCUUGUCAUAUUCUACUUGGUAGGCCUUGGCAAACUGAUAAAAGAUCUAUACAUGAUGGGUAUCACAACACGUAUACCAUAGUCCAUGAAGGGAGAAAGAAAAAACUACACCCUUUACCACCCCCACGGUUUUCACCAUCACAAACACCCCAAAAAGAAGUAUCCUUGUUGUCUCUUAAAGAGUUUGAAAGGGAGUUAGAUGGUGAGGGAGAGUUGUUCAUACUAUACUCCAAAGAAACCCACGAAAAUUUUGUUGCUCAAAAUCCUAAGUUAGCCCAAUUGAUUAAGGAUUUCGAGGACGUUUUUCCGAAUGAAUUACCUAAAGGACUACCACCCAUACGUGGAAUUGAGCAUCAAAUCGAUCUCAUUCCCGGAGCACCUUUGCCAAAUAAGCCAGCCUAUAGGUGUAACCCUUUAGAAACUAAGGAAUUACAACGUCAAAUUGAAGAGCUAAUGGGGAUGGGUUAUGUGCGUGAGUCCAUGAGUCCAUGUGCCGUUCCUGCUUUGUUGGUCCCUAAGAAAGAUGGUACUUGGAGAAUGUGUAUUGAUAGUAGAGCCGUUAAUAACAUUACUAUCAAGUACAGGUUUCCAAUUCCAAGGCUUGAUGACAUGCUUGAUGAGUUAAGUGGUUCCAAGGUCUUCUCAAAGGUAGACUUGAGAAGUGGGUAUCAUCAAAUUCGCAUGAGAGAAGGGGAUGAAUGGAAAACCGCGUUCAAGACAAAGCAUGGGUUGUAUGAGUGGCUCGUCAUGCCAUUUGGCCUUACAAAUGCCCCUAGCACGUUCAUGAGAUUAAUGAAUGAGGUGCUAAGGCCAUUUCUUGGCAAGUUCGUGGUAGUAUACUUGGAUGACAUUCUCAUUUAUUCACGUGAUGAAGAAUCUCAUUUUGAUCAUCUUUUCCAAGUAUUUUCUGUUUUGAGGCAAGAAAAAUUGUAUGGGAAACUAGAAAAAUGUGAUUUUUUAUUGUAUGAAGUCAUGUUUCUUGGUUACUUUGCCAAGAACUCAAAGAGGCAAGGAUUCAAUAAUGGUGGUGGUUGA